AGAGGCCAGUGGCAGUCUUAGGGUCAGUGGCUGUUUCAGCCAGCAUGAGUACCGAGAUGGGGCCUGUGUGGCCUUGUAUGGGAAGGUCAUGUGGAUCCAAAUAGAGCUAAAUACAGGCACCGAUAUGAAUGUCUCUCUGCUAGCAGACAAUAGAACUUUGGCUGAGUCCAGUGUACAGACUGGAGAACCUGCACACAAUCUGACCCUGGACACAGCAUCUCAGCACCUUAUUGGUCCAGGAUCCCAUCAUCUGCAAAUAGUAGCAUCCAGUGAUCACACCUCUAUCAGACUCAAUACCAGUAUCACUGUUCAAUUAAUGGAGGCAAUAUCUGGCUUGCAAGGUCAAUUGUCUACCACCAGAUUGGAAGCAGGUAAAGAAUUGCAGAUAAAUGUAUCUGUGUCUCAUGGAGCACCAGUGGAACUAAAGAUUGAAUUCAAAGGAUCUAAUGGAACCUUUAGCCACUCUAAAGAAUGCCCAACAGGACAGACACAGAUAUCCAAUAUCUCUCUCAAUGUGGAAGGUACUUAUAUGGUUACAAUCAUAGCUGCAAAUUUAGUUUCUAAUGCAAGUUUGGACAUUGGAUACAUUAUCAUAAUAACCAACUCUACUCUACAUGAAGGAAUGCAAGACAGAGAUAGAGGAAAAGGUCAUGAGAUGAAGGAUAUUAUUAAAAAGAAAUGGGCAAUGCAGAUAGAGCCCCGCAGACAUGUCAACCCAUUUUCCAAUAUCAGCUUGCAAGUAUGGAGCAACAUUACUGAUACUAUCAUAUGGUCAUGUGGAUAUUGCUGGUCGGGUUGGUUUGAAUGUUUAAAACAGAAUUUAAUUGACCCCACCUCAAAAAAGAUAGCGAUUCCUGCUGCCUACCUGCCACCCCCCCUAACGCUGCAUUCACUAUCCAAGCUGCUGCAGUUCUCAGUGAUGGAGAGACAGUGCAGGAUGAACAAUGCUUCUAUGUGACGGCCAAGAACCAACUCCGACCCAGAAUCAGCUGUCUGAGUAACUGCAAG